CUUCAUCUCGCCUGCCGUCAAACGGAGCCUAACCUCUCAGACGAGGAUUUCUAUUCUAAGGACAUGCGAAAACCACGCCGCAAAUCACAUCAAGGCGAUGAUGGACAACAGUCUUCCUCUCCUUAUGGAUUAUCUUGUUCCCCUAGCCGAGAGACUCUGACAUAUGCACAGGCACAACGCAUGGUUGAUAUUGAGAUAGAUGGGCGUCUUCACCGAAUAAGUAUAUUUGAACCUCUUCGAAUUGUGUCCGAAGAUGAGCUUACUGCUCAAGACAUCACAGAAUGCAACAGCAACAAAGAAAACAGCGAGGUAACUCUGUCUACCAACUGUCGAAAGACCUUAACCAAAGGUAAAAAGAGAGAAAUUUGUCCAAAGCAAGAUGUGGGCACUAAUUUGACACAGUUACCCCAGCCUGUAUUUAGAGCAGUUGAGCAAGUUUAUGUGGAAAACCUACCGGAAAAUGCUAUAUUACCAGAUACUUUUUAUCGCUUCACUGAGCGCCCGGUAGAAGAGGUGGAUAAGGAUGUUGAAUAUGACCUGGAUGAGGUUGAUCUGGCAUGGCUGGAAAUGAUUAAUGAAAAG